AUGGCGCCUCCCGUGCGCCCGGGGAUGCCGCCCCUACUGCUGCUGCUGCUGCUGCUGCUGCCGCCGCUCGGCUCGCUUCCAGGAGUCUGGAGCUUUAGCGAACUGUUCUUCAAGAAAGAACCACAGGAUGUAACUGUCACAAGGAAAGACUCCGUCUUUUUAGAUUGCCAGGCUCAUGGAGAAGGUCCCAUUAAGGUCACGUGGUUGAAAAACGGAGCAAAAUUGUCUGAAAACAAACGGAUCCAGGUUCUGUCUAAUGGCUCUUUAUACAUCAGCGAGGUGGAAGGCAGGCGAGGAGAGCAUUCGGAUGAAGGAUUUUACCAGUGCCUGGCAGUGAACAAGUACGGGGCCAUCCUUAGUCAGAAGGCUCACCUGACAUUGUCAACUAUUUCUGCGUUUGAAGUCCACCCAGUGUCCACUGAAGUCCAUGAAGGGGGAGUUGCUAGAUUUUCAUGCAAGAUUUCAUCCACCCCGCCUGCAGUCAUCACAUGGGAGUUUAAUAGGACAGCCCUGCCUGUAACCAUGGACAGGGUGACUGCCCUGCCAUCCGGAGUGCUGCAGAUCUACGACGCUGGCCCAGAGGAUGUUGGGAAUUACCGCUGUGUUGCAGCUACAGUAGCUCAUAAGCGUAAAAGCAUGGAGGCCUCUCUAACCAUAAUUCCAGCUAAUGAGUCCAGGUCCUUCUACACGCCAACUAUUGUAGCCAGCCCGCAGAACGUGACCGCGGCCCUGCACCAGACCGCCGUGCUCGAGUGUAUGGCCACAGGCUACCCCAAGCCCAUCAUUUCCUGGAGCCGCCUCGAUCACAAGUCCAUCGACGUCUUCAAUACUCGGGUGCUUGGGAACGGCAAUCUCAUAAUAUCCGAUGUCAGGCUGCAGCACGCCGGAGUGUACGUUUGCCGCGCCACCACCCCCGGCACGCGCAACUUCACGGUUGCUAUGGCAACUUUAACUGUGUUAGCUCCUCCUUCGUUCGUCGAAUGGCCUGAAAGUUUAACGAGGCCACGAGCAGGCACAGCACGGUUUGUGUGCCAAGCGGAGGGAAUUCCCUCACCCAAAAUGUCCUGGUUGAAGAAUGGGAGGAGGAUACAUUCAAACGGCAGGAUUAAAAUGUACAACAGCAAACUGGUAAUUAACCAGAUUAUCCCAGAAGACGAUGCCAUCUAUCAGUGCAUGGCUGAAAACAGCCAAGGAUCUGUCCUGUCUCGAGCCAGACUGACCGUGGUCAUGUCUGAAGAUAGACCCAGCGCUCCUUACAACGUCCAUGCCGAAACCAUGUCCAGCUCUGCCAUCCUUCUAGCGUGGGAGAGGCCGCUGUACAACUCAGACAAGGUCAUCGCGUACUCUGUGCACUACAUGAAAGCCGAAGGUUUAAACAACGAGGAGUACCAGGUGGUCCUUGGCAAUGACACGACGCAUUACAUCAUCGAUGACUUAGAGCCCGCCAGCAACUACACUUUCUACAUCGUUGCAUACAUGCCAAUGGGAGCCAGCCAGAUGUCGGAUCACGUGACACAGAACACGCUGGAAGACGUGCCCCUGAGACCUCCGGAAAUCAGCUUGACGAGCCGGAGUCCCACCGACAUUCUCGUCUCCUGGCUGCCAAUUCCGGCCAAGUACCGGCGGGGCCAAGUGGUGCUGUACCGUCUGUCCUUCCGCCUGAGCACCGACAAUUCCAUCCAAGUAGUGGAACUCCCGGGGACUGCGCACGAGUACCUUCUGGAAGGCCUGAAGCCUGAUAGCGUCUAUCUGGUCCGGAUUACGGCUGCUACCCGUGUGGGGCUGGGAGAGUGGUCGGUGUGGACCUCACACAGGACGCCCAAAGCCACCAGCGUAAAAGCCCCGAAGUCUCCUGAACUGCAUUUGGAACCGCUGAAUUGCACAACCAUCUCCGUGCGGUGGCUGCAAGACACCGAGGACCCGGCUGCCAUUCGGGGCUACAAGCUGUUCUAUAAGGAGGAGGGGCAGCAAGAGAACGGGCCUAUUUUCCUAGACACCGGUGAUCUGCUGUAUACGCUCAGUGGCUUGGACCCCAGAAGGAAGUACCACGUGAGGCUGCUGGCUUACAACAACCUGGAAGAUGGCUACCAGGCCGACCAGACCGUCAGCACUCCCGGAUGCGUGUCCGUCCGCGACCGCAUGGUCCCCCCGCCGCCGCCUCCCCACCAUCUCUACGCGAAGGCUAACACCUCCUCGGCCAUCUUCCUGCACUGGAGGAGGCCGGCCUUCACCACCGCCCAAGCCAUUAACUACACCAUCCGCUGUAACCCCGUCGGCCUGCAGAACGCCUCUCUGGUGCUCUACCUGCAAACAUCGGAAACCCACAUGUUGGUUCAAGGACUGGAACCCAACACCAAGUAUGAGUUUGCCGUCCGCCUGCACGUGGACCAGCUCUCCAGUCCCUGGAGCCCCGUGGUCUACCACUCCACGCUUCCAGAAGCACCCGCAGGCCCCCCGGUGGGGGUGAAGGUGACACUGAUAGAGGACGACACUGCCCUCGUCUCCUGGAAACCCCCGGAUGGCCCAGAGACCGUCGUGACACGCUACACCAUCUUGUAUGCUUCCAGGAAGGCCUGGAUUGCGGGCGAGUGGCAGGUCCUACACCGAGAAGGGGCCAUAACCAUGGCUCUGCUGGAAAACCUGGUGGCCGGAAACGUCUACAUCGUCAAGAUAUCUGCCGCCAACGAGGUGGGAGAAGGGCCCUUUUCAAACUCUGUGGAGCUGGCCGUCCUCCCCAAGGACACUUCCGAAUCCAACCAGAGGCCCAAGCGUUUGGAUCCUUCCGAGGCCAAAGUUCAUUCAGGCUACUACCACCUGGACCAAAAGUCAAUGACGGGCAUCGCAGUGGGCGUUGGCAUAGCCUUGACCUGUAUCCUCAUCUGUGUCCUCAUCUUGAUAUACCGAAGCAAAGCCAGGAAGUCAUCUGCCUCUAAGACAGCACAGAGUGGAAGCCAGCCGCUGUCCCGAGCCAGUGCCUCUGGAGCAGCGGGGAGUAACCUGGGGAAGAACCUGGAGAGAGCGACAGAGAAUCAGGAGCCCUUGGUACCUGUGAUGCCAACCAGCUUCAUCGAUGCGAAGGGAGGGACUGACCUGAUCAUCAAUAGCUAUGGUCCUGUAAUCAAAAACAACACUAAGAAAAAGUGGCUUUUUUUCCAAGACACUAAGAAGAUCAAAGUUGAACAGACACAAAGAAGAUUCACUCAGGCCGUCUGCUUUUACCAGCCAGGCACCACAGUGCUGAUCAGUGAUGAAGACUCCCCCAGCUCCCCAGGCCAGACCACCAGCUUCCCAAGACCUUUUGGGGCUACCCUUGACACUGAGCAUUCAGCAAACAGUGAAGGCAGCCAUGAGACAGGGGAUUCUGGAAGGUUCUCCCAUGAGUCCAAUGAUGAGAUACACCUGGCCUCUGUCAUCAGCAGCACACCCCCCGUGUUGGAUUCCCUCGUGGGUGGCGAGUCUGAUGGGGCUGCUCUGCUGAAGAAUCGGGGGGACCCUGCAGAACCCUUGCCGCCUGAGCAGGGCCCCUCAGCCCCACAGGGGUAUCCCAUCUAG